AUGAGUCUUUCUGGAUUACCUGCUGUAGUUAUCGAUAAUGGUACAGGUUAUACAAAGAUGGGUUAUGCUGGUAACGAUGAUCCAAGCUUUAUUAUCCCAUCAACCAUUGCCACUCAUGAAUCAAAGGGAAAGCAAACUGCUGCCUCUAUGAAAAAGGGUGUUGAAGAUUUGGACUUUUUCAUUGGUGAUGAAGCCAAGGCCAACGAAAAGACCUACGACAUUAACAACCCAAUUCGUCAUGGUCAAAUCCAAAACUGGACUCAUAUGGAACAAUAUUGGGAACACUGUAUCUUUAAAUAUUUACGUUGUGAACCAGAAGAUCAUUAUUUCCUUUUGACUGAACCACCUCUUAAUGCACCAGAAAAUCGUGAAUUCACAGCUGAGAUUAUGUUUGAAACUUUCAAUGUCCCAGGUUUAUAUAUUGCAGUUCAAGCCGUAUUGGCCCUUGCCGCUUCAUGGACAUCAAAGAAUGUAACUGAAAGAACCUUGACUGGUACAGUCGUCGAUUCUGGUGAUGGUGUUACUCACAUUAUUCCAGUGUCUGAAGGUUACGUCAUUGGUAGCUCAAUCAAGCACAUCCCAAUCGCCGGUAGAGAUAUCACUGGUUUUGUUCAACAAAUCAUGAGAGAACGUGAACCAACCAUCCCACCAGCCGAAUCACUCGAGAUUGCCAAGCGUGUCAAGGAGCAAUACUCGUACGUAUGCCCAGAUCUCGUCAAAGAGUUCACCAAAUACGAUAGUGAUCCAAGCAAGUGGUUCAAGACCAUCAACACUCAAGAUGCCGUCAGCAAGAGACCAUACAGCUACGAUGUUGGUUACGAACGUUUCCUCGGCCCAGAAAUCUUCUUUAACCCAGAGAUUAUCUCGUCUGACUUUUUGACCCCACUCCCAAAGGUCGUCGACGACACUGUCCAAUCGUGCCCAAUCGAUUGUCGUAGAGGUCUCUACAAGAACAUCGUCUUGUCUGGUGGUUCCACCAUGUUUAAGGACUUUGGCAAGCGUUUGCAACGUGACAUUAAGCGUUCUGUCGACUACCGUAUCAAGCGUUCCGAAGAACUCUCUGGCGGUAAGCUCAAGGCUGUCCCACUCGAAGUCAACGUCAUCUCUCACAACAUGCAACGUUAUGCUGUCUGGUUUGGUGGUUCUAUGCUUGCCUCGACCCCAGAAUUCUACAAUGUCUGUCACACCAAGGCCAAAUACGACGAAAUCGGUCCAUCCAUCUGUCGUUAUAAUCCAGUUUUCGGAACCAUGGGUUAA